AUGCCUUUAUUCUCUCAUCGAGGAUGCCUAACGGCCUUGUUCCAGGGAGACGAGCCUGAAAUCGAGCAUCAAGUUGGCGUUUCGGGUUAUGCCGACUCGUUCUUUCAACAACCUUUAUUAGCCAUGUCCCUGGGUUCACCUCCAGAAGAAGAACGGCUAUCGAGAAAGUCGAAAUCAGAAAAUCGUUUCUACAAUUUCCUCACUAGGUCCCGAUCCCGCUCACGAUCAAAACAAGAAGAAAAUUCAACAGCUUCAACUCUCCAGACUAUACCCCACAACAACCAACGAUCCAUGCGCCAUUCCAGUGAUACUCAGUCUAAACAUACCCAAGGCUCAAAACCUGCAUCCCGAAUACCAUCUCGCCCCCUCUCUUCUACAACCACAGCAACGAAUACGACGGUUACUCCCGGAGCACCUAGGGCUUCAAAACGUUCCGCUAUCCCGGUAUCACCUUCCAACGCUCACGAAAAUACUCACCCAUCACGACCGACGACGCCGAAGCCCUCUGCCGCACGGAAGACUUUGCAAACCCUGUUUGGAAUCCCAUUGGCGUUAGCUUCUCGGACCUCAUCACGAUCAAGAUCCAGAUCACGACCCAACAGCCCGCGACCAUCACUCGAUGUUCCUCCUCUCCCCACCUCUCGCAUUGAGGACGACUCAACUCCGAAGCCACGAAAGCCCUUGUCGCCCCAUCCAAUAUCCCCACCUAAUAGCCCCACACCGGCCUCCAAACACAAAAAUAUAGAUUCCAAUCUGAACAACGUGUCCACAGGUUCAACGUCGGGUUCAAUGAGACUCCCCAGAUUUUUCUCAGGCCGUAGCACACAACCUGACGCCAAUGGUCUUCAACGACCCAAAGACUCUGCCAUUGCGACGGUAGUAUCCGCGCCCCUGAGGAGACCUUCAAAUCACCGACGCAGCCUUAAAUCGGGUGCAGAACACGAGACGUUGGCUGACCCUCCCUCUAACGCCCGACCACACGCUUCUGCAGCCCCACCGCCUAAAAUCAUUCAUACGCCCGCUACGCCCCUCAAGGGCGGGGGCCCCGCUAGCCCAUCAGAACCCGCGACAGGGCGCUUGACGCACAACUGGAAAAAUUCUUCGUUGGAUUCAGGUUAUAGGUAUCGGGGAGCCACGAUGGGUGUCGUUGAUGAGGAAAGCAAGACAGGGCCAGAGCUAGCGAAAAGCACCAGUGUAAAAGGCAAAGAAAAGAUGACAGAGCUUUUACCAAGGACGGGACUUAAAAAGAUGAGUAACACCACAAGAGCUACCAAGCAUGGUAGCUUUGAUUUUGAACGCCCAGGAUGGGGUGCACUUAUGAUGCAGAGAACAGGAAGUGGUGGGACAACUGGCACGACGACGAGCGGGUGGAGCAGAGAGAAUACGCAGAAGGAGCGGGAAAGCGCAUUUGGACCUGGUCUCGCGGGAGUCGGAACGCUUCAGCGAGACGCUUCGGUGAAGAGGGGGCGUGACAGGGAGGAGCAGGUGAAAGCGCGAGAAAGGGGAAAAAGGCUGGAGCAAUACAUUGAGAAGGACAAAAUUGCGUCCGCACAAAAGACGCCCCAAGGUUCUUCUUCGGCACACUCCGACCACCCUGGUGCAUCAACUUCAACCAACGGCACUGGGCAUACUGGGAAAUCGUCCAGUAUGAGCAAGGCUACAGGCAAGAAAAGCUUUUUUGGCAACAGCACAAGUGGAGCAGCGAGACUUGGGACCCAACAUGGCUUAUUUUCUUUUGAACACCCAGUCCUCUCUACGCGGAGUACUGGUAGUACGGGAACGAACCCUGAGGUGGCUGCCUCAGGAGGUGGAAGGGCGGAACAAGAGAAGGAGCGCUUGAGGGAGGAACGAGAGCGACAGAGAGACAGAGAAAGGAAAGCACCGCAGCGCGGUGAUCGACCACCCGUUCCAGUACCCAGUGUGGGCCAUCGAUCGGGAACAAAAGGCCGCUCUCUGGAUCUUGGCCUUGGCCUUGCGUGGGCGCCCACAAAAAUGAGAGAGGACGCCCUGAUGCCUUCGUCUGCUUUCUUCAAUCGUUCAUUAAGCAAUACUUCCAGCGGUAGGACUGCCUCUGCAUCUACUGGGAGAUCGGCUUCUUCCUCAACAACUGGAAACGGGAGUGGUCGAUCCAGACGCAUCCGUCUUCAAGACUCAGAACCUGACGUGGAGAGAUCGAAACUGGGGAGAGAUGUCGCAGAGGUAUUUCGCAGUGCACUUGACGCAGAUGGUUAUACGUCCUUCAAAACGUAUGUCCACCAAUUUGACGCCCAUGAAAUCCCUUUCGAUGGCCCCACUGGCAUUAUACCACGGGUAGAACGGCUUCUAUCUACCGCCCCAGGCCUCAGUGAGGAAGGAAAAAGGCAACUUUUAGACAAUUUCGUUCGCGUCAUCCUCCAACACGCAUGA